AUGCUUAAAGCUCUGAAGGAGGUGCUAGGAGAGAUCAACACGAAGCUGGCUGCUGUGAAUGAUGAGCUGAACGCAAAAAUGGCUGAAAGUGUGAAUAAUACACGACCAGCUCAACAGGCUCAAUAUUGUGGACCGUACAAGUUGGAGAAAACCCUUGGGAAAGGGCAAACUGGUCUGGUUAAGACGGGAACACAUUGUAUUACGGGACGGAAGGUUGCGAUCAAAAUUGUUAAUAAGGAAAAACUAAGCGAAUCUGUCUUGCAAAAGGUGGAGAGAGAAAUAGCGAUUAUGAAGCUGAUAGAACAUCCGCAUGUAUUACACCUGUAUGACGUUUAUGAAAACAAGAAAUAUUUAUAUUUACUGCUCGAGCAUGUUAGCGGCGGUGAACUCUUUGACUAUCUCGUCCGGAAAGGUCGAUUAAUGUCGAAAGAAGCACGGAAGUUUUUUCGGCAAAUAAUAUCCGCGUUGGAUUUCUGUCACGCACACAAUAUAUGUCAUCGUGAUUUGAAACCGGAAAAUCUGCUGCUCGAUGAGAGAAAUAACAUCAAAGUGGCCGAUUUCGGAAUGGCUUCGCUGCAAGUCGAAGGCUCCAUGUUGGAAACAAGCUGCGGAUCACCCCACUAUGCAUGUCCAGAAGUUAUAAGGGGAGAAAAGUAUGAUGGUCGAAAAGCGGACGUGUGGAGCUGUGGUGUUAUUUUAUACGCCUUGUUAGUGGGAGCUCUCCCAUUCGAUGACGAUAAUCUUCGAAAUCUAUUAGAAAAAGUCAAGAAAGGAGUUUUCCACAUCCCUCACUUCGUUCCAGCUGACGUGCAAAGCCUUCUGCGCGCCAUGAUUGAGGUGGAUCCAGCCAAGCGAUACUCGUUGGCAGAUGUAUUCCGUCAUCCGUGGGUAGCCGGAACCGCAAAGAGCGAACCGGAACUCGAACUGCCAAUGUCACAAGUUGUCCAGACGCAUGUUAUCCCGAACGAGGAGAGUAUCGAUCCGGAUGUAUUUCGACACAUGAAUAGCCUGGGAUGUUUCAAGGACAAACAAAAGUUGAUAAAUGAACUACUUUCAACAAGGCACAAUACGGAAAAGAUGGUCUACUUUCUUCUUCUUGACCGAAAAAGGCGACGUCCUGCUCAAGAAGAUGAGACAGAGAUUGUUUUGCGGGGAAAUACGCAAAACAACGAUCCUCCCAAAAAGCGAACAGAUUCAGCGAGAGCUAACCGCUACGCCGUCGGCAGUAUAGCCGAUGGUAGCCCUAUAAAUCCGCGAAAGACAUAUGGGCGACACCGAUCAGGUCGACACAGUAGCCUUGGGGGCUCACCAACGGAAUCACCGCGGUCGUCGUCUAGGGAUCUCUUUUCCAGCUGUAACAGUGGGGCCUACUCUGCCCGUACUCAAGAAGAUAGGAGUCGAUCAUCUGCCAGAAAUACUAAUAAUUACCACUACUACACCCAACCGGUUGAUCCUCAGACUUUGGCUGAAGCUGCUCGUCAUGUGCGAGCAGUGCGGCAAGAGCAGGAACGACGCGAAAGCCGCGACGCUCGCGAGAAUCGCCCGAGUCGUGACAGCGGCAACGGUCGCGACAGACCGGAGAGCCGAGAAUCACCUAGGAGCGAUGUUGUGCCCGAGGCAACAAAAUGCCCGUCUCCACCGAAAAUGUCGGACUCGAUCAUCAGCACUGGCCUUGGUUCCACGACUUCCUCCACGAACAGUUUGUUGACCGGAGGAAGUAGUCAAGCAAGCCUGAACACUUCUUCGGGUCCAUGGAAGUCGAAGCUCACAAACAUCAAGAACUCUUUCCUUGGCACUCCACGAUUUCAUCGAAGAAAGAUGUCAAAUGGAACUGCUGAAAGUGAUGGCGAAGACAGCCAUAUGAUUGAUACUACUGAUUUGGUGAAGAAAUCGUGGUUUGGUUCAUUGACGUCGAGCAUCAGCGUGGAAAGAGAAGACACUCACUGUGUGCCAGUGCAAGGCAAAACUUUAAACGCCAUAAAAGCCGAGCUCAUUCGCGCAUUCCUCACGAUUCAUGAGCUUAGCCACUGCGUUGUGGGUCAGAACUGCUUCCGUGUCGAAUACAAGCGCGGCCCCACUGUAGGUGGUGGAGUGUUCAGCAGAGGAGUCAAAAUGAACGUGGAUAUUGUAUCGUCACCACAGCAGGUGGUAGUAAUGGCAGGCGAAUCGCCUACAUAUGUCGUCCAAUUCGUCUUGUUGGCAGGACCGGUGCGAAGAUUCAAACGCCUUGUCGAACAUCUAUCAUCUAUAUUGCAAAGUUCUACGCAACAGCGAGCUGAACGAGCGCAGCAGGCGGCACUUAUGGUCAGGCCUCGCAGGCUAUCGGAUUCCAGCGUCAGCAGCGCUUGCUCGGACACCGAAAGCAAUGCCAGCAUGAACAUUCUAGGACGAACGGGAGACAAGGAAUCGGGUAUAUCGGUUGAUCCUUACUCUCAGUCUCCAUCGAUGCGAUCCGUAGGGAGUAGUACUUCAAAUAAUGCUUCAGGUUUCAAAUCGUCAACUGUGCAACGGAGGAAUACAACCGCCCUUGUAGAGUCGAGCAGUGUUGCUGUAAAUCGCUUUUCAACUCAUCCUCCUUAUGCGAACGAUUCCAAAAUCAGUGUGGCUGUGGCUAGACCAGAGCAGAGCUCACCAAAAGGGUAA